AUUGCGAGGAGCAAAAAAACUCCGCCGAAACGUGUGCCGAGAGAGAGCGACGAUGACGUAACACCGUGGACCGUGCUGUGUUGUCACCAGCUGUUGGCUAAAAGAAGACGAAAGAAAAGUGGACGCGUCUCGAUGGAUUGCGUGUUCACGAGUGGACCGUAGGGCUCAGAGCCGCGUUCGGAACUGAAGGAGGGGAACCGGGCGACUAAUGGAAGCCCCGCAGACUCAUCAGCCGCGCAGGGAUAGUAUUAGUUACAUAACUGAAGCCAUCGAUAACGGAAAAACUGUGAUAACGGAGUAGUGCCCGUAAAGGUCGGAGUUGAAGCCAUUUUUCUCUGCAGAGACAGUUACACAGUCUUACCGCCGCCAUCAUGAACGUGGGAACAGCACACAGCGAGGUUAACCCCAACACCCGAGUGAUGAACAGCCGGGGUAUGUGGCUGUCUUACAUCCUGGGCAUCGGCCUCCUUCACAUCAUCCUGCUGAGCAUCCCCUUUGCCAGUGUGCCCGUGGUCUGGACCCUCACCAACCUCAUCCAUAAUCUGUGCAUGUACCUGCUUCUUCAUACAGUCAAAGGGACACCUUUCGAGACCCCUGAUCAAGGCAAAGCUCGCCUCCUUACACACUGGGAGCAGAUGGACUACGGUGUGCAGUUUACGGCUUCACGGAAGUUCCUCACCAUCACACCUAUUGUCCUGUAUAUAUUAACCAGCUUCUACACCAAAUACGAUCGGGCCCAUUUUGUUGUCAACACUGUCUCCUUGCUCACGGUACUCAUUCCCAAGCUGCCCCAGCUGCACGGUGUGAGGAUCUUUGGGAUUAAUAAGUACUGACACGGCAGAAGAGGACACCUCCUUCCUGCGUCCCUGUGGACUGCUGAGAGCACACAGAGUAUCAAGCUUCUGAUUUGGCUGCAGAACCAUUGGGAUCUGUGGUCGUUUGGCGCCUCACUCUGCAGAGCAGCACUCUAAAUAAAGCCUAUUGAGCAUACUGCCAUGGUACCAAACCCCAGGACGGAGAGACAAAACACUAGAGAGCACAAAAGGAAAGUGUUCGGUUGUGAUUAUUUGUGGAAAAUCUUCUUUGAGCCUCGUGAUUUUUCCAGAGACAUUUUAAAAGGAUUUCUCAAAGUAUUGUGUACAUUUCUGUAGACGUUCUCAAAUGUGACACGUGCCGGGGGAACGGGACAAUGUAGUUGUACAAAUGUGGUGUGCCAUUUUACACUACUGGCACACUGAGGCAGUAAUCAAAGUUAUUUUGUAUGUAAUGAUACGCUGCUGUAUUUAUUCAGCUUCACUCUCGCGUGUAGCUUCGUCUUCCUUGAGGUUUCCGAGCUUGGAGGAGAGCAACAAUAGUUUAAUGAAAUGGUAGGGGACCUGUGAAGUGCAGCGGAGGCGAGACACAAGAAACCACGAGAUUUUAUAUUUAGCCCUCGCUGUUCUGCUCAGGGCCAAGAUUGGGAAGUUAAGCAGCCUUUAUUUUUAUCUGACCAUUUCCUUAUUUGGACACCUCUUGUCCUGGUUUGUGCGCUGCAAACCUCCUGUGUGCAAAAGCACUCGACUGAUCUGACUUAUCCAAAGGUCCUGCAGUCUGGCUCUGGAGAUGGGCAAAAUAUGUUCACACAUGUUUGUUCCUGCUCUGUAAAAGUACUCAGGAUCUGGUAUGUUGAGCAAGAGUCAGCUGUGUCUGCAGCUCAAACCAGUCAGCAGAUUGCAUACUGAUUGCAUCUAUGUUUAUUAGGUACGCUUUGUGCAGUCCGAUGCACUGUAGCACUGAUGCUUUCAUUUACCUAAGAAUUAAAAAUCCUCCAGAAUGAUGAAAACAAUGCAACAAUAAAGCACUCAGGACAAAGAUAGAAAAAUAAACCCUUGCAAAGCGGGAUUAAUCACUUUGUCUGCCAGCUGUAGCUGCCAUUUUUCUUUAAUGCUUUCUUCAUAAAGCAUCCUGAUCUGGAUCUAGGCCAGAUAUUUGGUAUAAAAAUGACUUUUCAAAGGUUUGAAAAAUGAAUUUAGCAUCUUGCAUUACAGUGGGUGGAGUUGCAGGUGAGGAUUGUUAGCAGGUUCCAUAACAUCAAUUUUACUGACUUUUUUAUGGCUGUACUUUAUUCUCCAGUGUAAGAUUUUGAUUAGGUCGAAGUAAACUUGUUAAUAUGGGAUAGAAAUGUCCAAAUCACCCUCUGGAAUGUAUUUCAAAAUUCUCCUCAGAGAGCCGGUAUUCGUUUACGUUUAAGCCUAGUUUUGAUCCUGAAUUCGGGGAUUUAUUUUUCUAGGUGGAAAAAAUAGCCAAGCAGUAGUCAAACAGUGGCCUAGGGCUUACAUUCAAUAUCACCUUAGGUAGUUUUUAAUGGAGGAUGCUUCUGGCUACUUGAAGUCUAGUUUUCACUCUUGAUUUUUCUUUGUGUUGCUCUUCUGUAACUACCUGUCUCAUGAACUGCUUUAGAUGACACUUUUUUAUCAUGUUUUUUAGCUUACUCUGUCUCCCGUUUGGUGCUGGGCAAGGAGGCUGCGAUGAAUUUGCCAGAUUGUUUUCUGAAAUUAGCUGGUGCUGGAAACGAGGCUAAUGAGAACAGUUUGUGGACUGAAAGAAAAAGGAUAGAAAAGGGAGACACUAAAGAAAAUAGCUGCAUAAGAUUUUUAAAGUAGGUACGAUCCAGAUCUUUCAAGAAUAUCAAGUACUUCCUCGUCAUCUGAUUGAAAUCUCCACUUCUACUAGUCCUAUGUGCUGAAAGAGGUCAUUGCAUUACAGUAAAAACGCUGGUUGCUGUUUUCGGAGAAAUACAGUGAAAGUGCAUCUUUUCAAAUCCGCCAUGUUUCUUCGUUUUCAUUGCAUUUGUCAGUGAAAGACCAAAGUAGGCCUCAUCGUAAACAUUCAGGGUCUUUGAGUGACUGUGGGCUGUGUAUCACGUGCACAACAGUGCUUUGAUUAAGUUACACAAACAGUUGUCUUGACCUCUUGACAUUCAUAUAUGUUUGUCAAAAUUAUUGCCUGACCAUCGCAGGUUUAAUUUUUCCUGGAGCAAAAACCGCAGAUGGCCAGAACUGGAAAAUGAAUACAGACUAUGGUUUGAAGAAUCAUUUCAUAUUUGACCUCUGAAACUGAUAAAUGGUACUGAUUAGUUGUGGACAGGCAGAGAGGGAAUGAAACAUGAGCUCAAACACGGAUUUCGUUUAAAGGUGACUAAACUGUAUAAUAGUUCAUCUUAAUUCUCAUUCGAGGUAAAAUUAUGUUUUACAUUUCUUCUUUUGAACUCAAUUUUACGAUACCAGAUGUUCAAUCAGAGGGGAAUGUCUAUUCUGUGCUGGGAUACGAGGAUCCGUUCAAAUCUGUUAUGAAUUGAAAAAAUAAAAAUGUAUAGAUUAAUAGUUAAACCACUAUUGUGCCCUUUAGCAGUAAUAGAAGCAAGAGCAAUUAUAGAUCUAAUAUUUAAAAUGACUUAGAGUGGCAGCGGUAGUAAAUGUAGCAGAUUCAUAUUUUCUUUAGAUUUGUGGUUCACGCUGUCACUGCGAAACAUGAAAACAUUCAUUUUAUUAAGUGUGUUAAAUUGGAAAAAAGUAAUAAAUGAAUCAAACAUGGAUCAUAGAACCAAAGAGUUCACGUAUGUGUACAUAAUAGUUGAUGUGCCCGAGCCUUCAUCAUGUUUUCAGAUGUAUUCUUACUCUAAAGGGCUUUAUUGUAAGACUUGCUACAGCACAAGAUGACAAUGCAUUUACUUUUUUUUUUUUUUUAAUCAGACUGUUUGAGAACAUCGGAUAAACUGAAUGUUGAUUAAAUGUGAAAAAUUGCGCUUGUAGCUCCUGGUUUGAUUUUCUUUUUUUAAAAAAAGUGUACUUGCUUUGUUUUUGAAGGACAUUGCAAAGCCAUUUUCUGUACGAGCGCUUGACUCUAAAUACAAUGUUUUUCAAGCAUCAUCUCAAAAUCCUUCAUUGUUGUUCUGCGUAUUUGUGCCGCCGUGUCCUCGUUUUCUGGCGUUUAAUUAAAAUGCAGAAAAUGUGUCGGGUCUGUGAAGGAAUUGGUAAUACGAAGCAUUGCGCUCAUCAUUUUUUGUGUGCUUUUCAGUAUGUACAACAGGCACAACAUGGUGUGAGUCAGCCUCUCCUGUCUUGUUGUGGCUGUGCUUAACUUUUGUUUGCACAUCCAGGACUCUCAAGAAGGUUGAGUGUUGACUCCAAACACAGAUGUAAGCAUCAGAUGGAUUACUGCUCAUCAAAAAGAGAAAGGCUGUAUUUAGGACACCUUUUCAGUGACUACAAUGUACUGACAUGCCUCCUCCAUGACGUUUGCAGGAGUUUAGUUCAGACUUUUAGGUUGCUUAACAUUAUGACUAGUUAGUCCUUACAGUACAAUAGAGUUUGCACAAAAGGAAGAAUGAAAAUUGUACUUAAUAAAAGUAGGAAACACUUUCAGAAUUGUGCAUAGAUGUGAUAUUUUGUGCUAUAUUCUGUACUUUGUCUUUGCAGGUACAAGGGUUUGCAGAAAAUGCCUGAGAGUAGUAACUCUUGCAAUGCACCUCCUGAAUGCUAUGCAGUAACAGCAGCUGUUAUUUUUAGUGCAGUGCAUCAGGUUAUUCAAUCUGAAUGAUUGUCCUAAACUCUGCAGCUUGAAACAGUACUUCUUUGUACUCUCUGUCAACUCUACCUGAUAGUAAACCUAUGCAUCAAAUCAAAAAUUAAA